AGUUUGCUGAAAGACUUCAUGCGAGAAGGUGUUACCAAAAUGAAUACCUUUUUAUCGGCAGGUUUGCUUGUGUUUUUAUUUAAUGCGACAUGGGGAAUGGAAUAUAGAAAUAAUGGAGGUUAUAAAAUACCUGCAUUGGGUCUUGGUACAUAUACGGUAACUAACGAAACGGAGUUGACAUCGGCGUUAGACGAAGCCCUGCGAAUCGGCUAUCGUCACAUCGACACCGCAUCUCGUUAUAAAAACGAGCACAUCGUGGGUAAAGUUCUGAACGAAUGGAUUUCAUCGGGCAAAGUGAAAAGGGAGGAUUUGUUCGUUACGACGAAACUAGCUAGCGCCGACGUGUUCCCCGACCGCGUGGAGAACGCUUUAAAAUCCUCAUUGCUGAAGCUGCGAUUGGAUUACGUUGAUUUGUAUUUAAUACAUUUUCCGGUCGCGACUGGCGUGGAGAAUGGCGCUGAUGUGGCGUAUCCCACCGAUCUUGUUGGAGUUUGGAGGAAAAUGGAAGAGCAGGUCGAGGCUGGUCGUGCGAAAACCAUCGGAGUUUCCAAUUUUAAUAUCACUCAAAUUAGCAGAAUUAAAAAAAUCGCCAAGAUUCAGCCGGCUAACGUGCAGGUCGAGAUGCAUUUGUACUUUCAACAGAAGGAAUUGCGCAACUUCGCCAAUGAAAACAACCUCACGGUUGUUGCUUACUCGCCUUUAGGCACUCCUGGUGUAAAUAAGUAUUUUCUAAGUAAAAAUAUUACGCAAGUUAAAUUGCCCGAUAUUCUUCACGACGAAGUGGUUGACAAAAUAGCUCAAAAGCACAAGAAAACUAAUGCUCAGAUAGCCUUGAGAUUUAUUAUUCAAUCCGGUUUGGUGGCUAUACCGAAGAGUACAAAUCCGAAGAGAUUGAGGGAAAACAUAGAUAUUUUCGAUUUCAGUUUAGACGACGAGGACAUGCAAAAACUGGCGGAUUUGGAUAAAGGAAAAAAAGCGAAGAUAUUUACCAUGCAGUAUAUAGCGCCUAACAUCGUGGAAAAUUCCGAAUAUCCAUUCCACGACAAUAUAUAA